CCGCCCUCGGGGCUCCCCCCGGAGGCGGAAACCGGGACCGGUCCCGUCCCGCAGCGCUCCCGGCUGCCAUUUUAAGGUGAACAAAGCGGCGGAGUUUCCCUACGAGUCGCUGUGACGCGUCGGACACACGGACGGACCGACCGACCGACCGACGGCGAUCAAAGUCCCCCAUUGAACUCAACGGGGACGGGGAGAACCGGCGGUGUCAGCGCUCCGUCCUUCCCCCCCGCAGGUUCACCAUGUUCAGCAAGAAAUCCUACGACUCUCCCCCCACCAUGUACGGCCCCCCCGGCGCUGAUUACGGCUACGGUUCGCCCCCUCCGGGCUCUUACUACGUAGACGACGCUCCGCAGCACUUCUAUAAGUGGACGUCGCCCCCCGGCGUGGUGCGGGGGCUGCAGGGGGGGGUCCUGCUGCUCUGCGUUGCCAUCUUUGCCUGUGUAGCAUCCACGCUCGCUUGGGACUAUGGCUACGGCCUGGGGGGGGCUUAUGGCACCGGCUUGGGGGGGUUCUACGGUACCGGCUACUACGGCAGCUCGUUGGGCUACAGCUACGGCUACGGGAGCUACUAUGGAGGGGUGAACCAACGCACGGCGAAUGGCUUUAUGAUCGCUAUGGCCGUGCUGUGCUUCCUGGCCCAGUUGGGGCUGUUGGUGGCUGCUCUCAGUAAAUCAGGGGCCACACGCUCACGGCGAUUCUACCUGGCUGUGCUGGUGCUGAGCGCUGUGCUGGCCUUCGUCAUGCUCAUCGCAUCCAUCGUCUACAUCAUGGGGGUCAACCCGCAGGCACAGAUGUCCAGUGGUUAUUACUACAGCCCCUUGUUGGCCAUGUGCAGCCAGGCUUAUGGUGGCACCUACCUCAACCAGUAUAUCUACCACUACUGCACUGUGGAUCCGCAGGAGGCUGUGGCUGCUGUCUGUGGGUUCCUCAUUGCCAUCCUGCUCUGCCUCAUCUGCUUCUUCGCCCAGAAGACACGCAGCAAGAUCUGGCGCUAUGGCAAAGCCAACAUCUAUUGGGACCGUGCACCCGUAGUGCAGGAGGGGCCCGAUGUGGAGGAGUGGGUGAAGAAUGUGGCUGAUGGGGCCAGUGUGCAGGACGAGACGGCCACUCUUGCCUACUCAGAGAAGCCCACCAGCCCCGUUGCUGCCCCCCCAUACAGCUACGUGCCCCCCCCCAGCGCUGGGUAUUACACCUCAGGCACCUACAGCAGCCGGGGUGACCAGCCAGACCGUGCCCUCAGUACCAGCCCUGUGCAGGCAGAGGAGGAGGAGAAGGGGAAGGAUCAGCCCAGCAGACCCUCUGCCCGCCGUGGCCGCCGCCGUCGCCGUAACCCUGAGCUGGAUGAAUCCCAGUAUGAGACCGACUACACCACAGCAGUGGAGUCUGGUGAUGAACGGGACCAGGAGCAAUGGGCCAGCCUGUACCCCCCCAUCACGUCAGACAGCGGCCGCCAACGUUACAAGCAGGAAUUUGACACCGACCUGAAGCGAUACAAGCAGCUUUGUGCUGAGAUGGACAGCAUCAACGACCGCCUCAACCAGCUCAGCCGACGGCUCGACAGCAUCACCGAGGACAGCCCUCAAUACCAGGAUGUGGCAGAGGAGUACAACCAGCUGAAAGACCUGAAGCGGAGCCCAGAUUACCAAAGCAAGAAGCAGGAGUGCAAGGUGCUGCGGAACAAGCUCUUCCACAUCAAGCACAUGGUGAGCGCCUACGACAAGGUGCGGGGGUAACCAGGAGGAGGAAGAGGGGGGGGGGGGGGGGCAACCCCUUCCCCCCCCCCCCACCCAUCACCGUACAGACUGUGAUGCAUUUUGUACCUUUUUUAAGACAAAAAACACAACCAAACACAUCCAUCCCCCCCUCAAAGUGGUCACCCCCACCCCUCUCCAUUCACUGGGGGCUGCUUCUAUCCCCACCCCCCCCCCAUGCUGUUAUUAUGGCAGUGUUGGGGGGUGGGGGGGGGUUGUAAGGCCAGUACAUUAGAGAAGGAAGGGCUGGGGUCUGCACCAGCAUCACAGCCCCACUGGCACUGUGGGUACCUGAGUGGUACCCUGACAUACAGGCCAAGGAGGGGGCUGAGCAUCCCUUGGGAUGUGUGUGUGUGGGGGGGGGUCAGUGCCUUUAGGGGGGUGGGGUUGGGGGGUCAGAGCUUUUUGGGGAGGCGUUUUGUAAGGAACUGGCUGAAAACUGUGUAAUAUUUUUUUUCUAUGUAAUAAUAAAUGAAGUGUAUCUAUUGAUUUUCAA